AUGUCCACGCUGAUGAGGAAACCCAGAACAGCGGCAUCUAGCAUUGUGCGCCCGGAUUCAUCGAUGCGUCAGGAUCCUGACUCGGGUCGCCGCCGUCGUCGUGAUGAUGGCAGAGGAUCACGUGAUCUCACACCACUUGGCGCCCGGCUGCAUACGCAGAACACGCAACAGCCUUACCAGCGCCAACCAAAGCGUCGUCGUGCGGCCUACAGCGGCGCUGCUGACCAGACGUCUCUCAUCGAGGAUGACCUAGCGUCCAUCGGAUCCUGGUCGCACGAUGAGCCCGCCAGCGGCGAGGGUACGCCAGCCCCGGCAUGGAGUGUCUGUCCCCCUGAAGCGCCUUCCCCGCCCCGCACGCCGUGGAUUCCCAGGCUUGCCACUCCAGAGCUCAGCCCGUUGGCCACAGACUUUGAGUUCUGCCACUGCCACGGCAACGACGUGUGCGAGGACAGGAUCAACGACGUGUGGUAUCUCUCGAGCCGCGCGAGGGUCGAUGCACAGGGUAAGAACCUUCAUCCACCCCGCAGCAGAGCUGUCGUGGAACCGAGCCCGAAGCGGCGGCUGACCCCUUGCGCAGUGGAAGCCGCGUUGGCUCACAUUGCCCGAGUCAAGCUGGAUCAUGCUUCUUGGGAGUGA